GAGAGAGAGAGGGUAAAUGGUGAUCCCUCCCAGAGCUCCCUCUCCGCACUCUGAAGCGGUCUUCUCUCAGGUUCAGACCGGAUUGCAUCCCCUCUUUUCCAGAAGCCUCUCCUUCUCUUUAGGACGCAAUCUCCCACCCACCGCCAUCCCCGCUGCACACACGCACGCACACACCCCUCCAACCUGAGAGUCAUCUCCUUGGCUUUGACGGCUUGCCGCGAAGUGGAGGUUUUUAAGUCGUGCUUGUGAUGGAAAGCAGAGAGGAGAUGGUGAUGCUGGCAGAGGGAGGCCAGCUUGGCAAGAACGGCUCUAAUUUGUCGGAAGCCAUAGGAAGCCCUGCGCGAGAACCGCAAGGGAAGCCGGGCCACAGGGGUUGUCUGAGCACAGGCGGUGCGCCCUACUCCCGGGACAGGAGCGACCCGGUGGUGGAGGAGAGCGCACGGAGGAAUUUGUGCGCCGACGUGAGGCCAGUUGGCACGUCUUCCUCCGGAGAGAGGCACCAGACUGACCAUCACCACAAAGACGGCAGCAGCUCAGACACAGAGUCGGACUUUUAUGAGGAAAUUGAUGUCAGCUGCACGCCUGAAAGCAUGGACUACCCAACAGCUAAAGGUCGAAAUGGGGAUUCUCCAAGCCACCCAAAUGAGAAUGGUACCGAGCAGAGUAAGACUGUCCCGGGUCAGGGCUCUCUGUCUUACGCAGCAGACCAGAUUCGCCGGUACCGAACAGCUUUCACGCGGGAGCAGAUCGCACGCCUGGAGAAGGAAUUUUACCGGGAAAACUAUGUGUCCAGGCCGCGAAGAUGCGAACUUGCGGCCGCCUUAAAUCUACCCGAAACCACCAUAAAAGUGUGGUUUCAGAACCGCAGGAUGAAAGACAAACGCCAGCGGCUGGCCAUGACUUGGCCUCACCCUGCCGACCCGGCCUUCUACACCUACAUGAUGAGCCACGCGGCGGCCACGGGGAACCUGCCUUACCCCUUUCCAUCACACCUGCCCCUGCCCUACUACUCCCACCUGGGUGUCGGGGCUGGCUCAACUCCUGCUGCCACCCCUUUUUCAAAUCCCCUGCGCUCUCUCGAUAGUUUCCGGGUGCUGUCGCAUCCCUAUCAGAGGCCGGAGCUCCUGUGCGCCUUCAGACACCCUUCGUUGUACCCAGGUCCGACUCACGGCCUAGGUCCCGGAGGAAGCCCGUGCUCCUGCUUGGCAUGUCACUCCAGUCAGCCCAACGGUAUCUCCUCCAGGCCCUCCGGCUCGGACUUCGCUUGCUCCCCAACAAGCAGGACUGACGCUUUUGUCACUUUCACGCCUUCAGUGCUCAGCAAAUCCUCAUCUGUGACAUUGGACCAGAGGGAAGAAGUGCCUCUGACCAGAUAAAAACAACUCUUGUUCUACAUAAACCUUUACCCCAAGCUUUUUAACCCUAACAUAUUAUAUGAUCAGGACUGAAACAGCAUGAGGGGGCAGUCAGUAUAUAAACAGUGAAAGCCAGUUUAAACUUGAGGAGAAUAGAAAAAUCUUCAGCCAUAAGACGCACGAAAGAUCUCCUGUUAUUGAAAUAUAAUAAUCCCAUUACAGAGCCAAGAGAGUAGGCUGAAAUAUGACCGCAUGGACACAAAAUCAGAUUUGAUUUCUAUAUGGGUUGUGGACACACACACAUUCACACAAACACAUGUACACACACCAAGAGAAACGUUUAAAUCUCCGUGACUGAUGACGUUAAGGUUUUGAUCAUUACUUGUCGUCGCUUUACGCGUCCAAAUCAGCCUACACGUAUUGUUAGUUACGCGAGAAUGAUGCUUUCCAUCUCUCUUUUUAACAAGGGGAUUUGUUAACAGACCGCGGCCGUCUCAUUAUAGUCAACUCUCCACACCGGGGCCCUCUCGACGGCCCGGGCCGAAAUGUGCAGAUGCUAGUAAAAUUAUUAUUAUUAAGUGAUGUAUAUGUAAGACCCGGUGAAUUUUGAGUGUUGAAUUAAUGAUAAUACCAGGAAGGUUUCUGCCAAAAGGUAACAAGGCGCCAAGGGAACGGAUUACUACAGCACGCACGGUUUGAAGAAGGGAGGGGAGAAAGGGAUCAGGAAGAGGAUGGAGAGAGGACAAUCAAAAUGAGCGAAAAAAAAGUCUGAGCAUUUUUAAGGCCAUCGAACACUCUUCUUUUUCUGUUUUCACCCAUGACUAUAUAAGAGACAGUGUGAUUAAAUUAUGCCUAUGGGCCUUCUUUCAAACCUUUUUCUCGCUUUGCACUGUUACAGUGGCGCCAGUUUAGCAUUUUGUGUGGGAAUACGGAAUAAUGUGUGACUGAUUUUGUUUUGUUUGUUUAUUAUUAAUCUUUUUAUUUGGUUGGUUGUUUUUGUGUUAUGGUU